AUUCUGUAGGCUACUUGAAAAUGUGCUGUUCAAUCUGUAUCGUGUUUCAAGUUCAUGACGUAACGAGCAGUAUAGACUAUAUAAACAUCCCACCAGUGUGAGACGGCAACUUCCUCUAUCUUCUAGCCUGUAGAAAUCUUUGGUCAGUCAUGUCACCUGUGAAAGAUGAAAUUUCAGACACCGAGCCCUCCGGUGGUGCCAAGCAUGAGGAGCCCGCCUGUCCGGAGCUGAGGGGGCUGGAGUCCAUCGCCCCCCUAGUCCGCUCCGUGGAGGAGACGCUCGAGCCCAUAGCUACGGAGGUGCGGGGCAACAUCCCCUCCUGGAUCUCCGGCAGCCUGCUUAGAAACGGACCUGGGAAGUUUGAGUUCGGAAACCAAAACUUCAACCACUGGUUUGAUGGGAUGGCUAUGCUGCACCAGUUUAAGAUCCAGGACGGUCAGGUGACCUACAAAAGCCGUUUCCUGCAGAGUGACGUCUAUAAGAAGAACAGUGAGAAGGAUCGCAUUGUCGUGUCCGAGUUCGGAACCCUGGCCUUGCCGGACCCUUGCAAAAACUUCUUUCAACGUUUCCUCUCUCGCUUCGAAAUGAUCCAGCCUACGGAUAAUGCAAGCGUGAGCUUUGUCAAAUACAAGGGAGACUACUAUGUCAGCACCGAGACCAACUUCAUGCACAGAGUGGACCCUGACAGUUUAGAGUCCGUGGAAAAGGUGGACUGGAGCAAGUUCAUAGCAGUGAACGGGGCUACGGCCCACCCCCACUAUGACCCCGACGGCACCGUGUACAACAUGGGGAACUCCUAUGGAGCCAAAGGCGCCCUGUACAACAUCAUCUCCGUCCCGCCGGCCAAGAACGACUCCCAGGACACCCUCCAUGGGGCGAAAGUGUUGUGCUCCAUAGUCCCAGCAAACAAAUCCCAUCCUUCCUACUAUCACAGCUUCGCCAUGUCCCAGAACCACGUGGUGUUCAUCGAGCAGCCCAUCAAGAUGGACCUGCUGAAGAUCGUCACCUGCAAGCUGAGGGGCAAGGCUCUGAGCGAGGGCAUCUACUGGGACCCCGAGCAGGAGACUGUCUUCCACCUGGUGGACAAGCACACGGGCAAGGUGAACUCAGUGAAGUACCACACCAAGCCCCUGUCCACCUUCCACCAGAUCAACGCCUUCGAGGAGGACGGCUUCUUGGUGCUGGACAUGUGCAGCUCUGACAGCGGGGAGGCCAUCAACAACUACCUGAUCCAGAACCUGCGCCAGUCAGGGGAGGCCUUGGACCAGGUUUACAACAACAUGAACAAGGUGUUUCCCCGGAGGUUCGUCUUGCCUCUCAAUGUGAGCGCUGACACGCCGUCAGACGAGAAUCUCAACACCCGGCCCUCCAGCCUGGCCACAGCCGUGAAAAUCAGCAAAGACAAGGUUUUCUGCCAACACGAGGAUCUCCAUGGCAACGACCUGUGUGAGUACGGCGGUCUGGAGUUUCCUCAGAUCAACUACAGCAGGUGUAACACCCGGCCUUACCGCUUCUUCUACGGCUGUGGCUUCAGACAUCUAGUGGGGGACUCCCUCCUCAAGAUGCACCUGGAGGACAAGACCUUGAAGGUGUGGUACCAGAAGGGCUUCUUCCCGUCAGAGCCGGUGUUUGUCCCGUCCCCUGAUGCUGUGGAUGAGGAUGAUGGUGUCAUCCUCUCUGUGGUCCUCACUCCUUCAGAGGACAAGGCAACGUUCCUCCUGGUUUUGGAUGCAAAGACCUUUGAGGAGUUGGGGAGGGCCGCGGUACCUGUGAAUAUUCCUUACGGAUUCCACGGGACCUUCAAUGCAGCUGUUUGAAUCUGCAUAACACCAGACCACCAGUGCCAACACCCUAACCUCUGACCCCUAACCCUAAACCUACACACCAAGUCCAAACAUCUUAACGCUACUCCUGACUCCCAACCCUCUAACCCUAACCCUCCACCCCAGGUCCCAACACCUUAAAGAUGCUGUAAAGCGGACUUGAAAAUGGGUUUUAAGUUAAUCACACCACAGAAGAAUGUGUUGUUAACUACCCGUCCAAAUUUGAAUGAAAAAAAAACACAGACAAGUAUGUUAAAUUAGGCUUUGAAAUCAUGAGAAAAUCAGCAGUCUUCUCUGCUUGAGACUGGGGGGGCGUGUCGCCUGAAGGAGCUGAAGCUCCGCCUACUCUAAUUUAUUGAAUUUAGCAACAACAGCAACACUAGCUAAAUCAAUUGCAGAUAUCAGAACAGACCUACCUGCAGGCUCUGAGUGUUUCAUGAGUUAAUUACUUUGUCUUUGCAUCGUACCAGCUGAGUAACAGAAUGCAACCGCCUGUGAUCUGAUAGAUAGGUCGCGGUGACGAAGAUAGGUUGGGUUUUUGCCACGCCUAUACAAAACCUGAAACUGUUCAACGGUCUAACUCCACAUUUCAGUGCGACAAAGUUUUCGCACUUUGAACAUGCUUUCAGGAACUCAUUUCACACGUAUAUAAUGUAAAGAAGCAAAUCAUGGAAUUUGCUUUACAGCAUCUUCAACCUUGCCCCAUAACCCUGAACGCUCAGUGUCAACACCCUUUCCAAACUCUAAGGAUGUGGGAACAGAUGUUCUUGUGUUGGAGGUCUGUACUCAUACUUAUACUGUGAAGAACAGAGGCUCCGGUUCAAGUAUUAUGUAACCAAACAGUUACUGUUUAU